AUGCAAAAUGGAGGUACGGCGAAUUUCGCCCCGAUCCCAGCCGCCUGGACGCCAUCGACCAGUAUGGCGGAUGUAGCCGCGCCCGACAAGCCGCUAUUGGAGAACGUCAUCAAAGAACGCGAGGAUUUGAAGGAAGCCCUCCGAUUUCUAAAACAAGAAAACCGACGCGUCACUACCGAAAAAGGGCAACUUCACAAUCACACUAUGAAGGUGUUCGACAUUCUUUCGCCGUUCCGUGAAAUUUUGCUGGGCCAUGGCAUAUUUCGCGAGUAUAUGGCAUAUGAAGCAUCCCUACCAGAUUUUUUCUUCGAGAGACGUGAUGUCAAAAUGCUCAUUCAAAGAGAAAUUGCAACGUUGGAAGAAUCGCAGGAGCGUCACAAGACCCAGGAGAUGGCGCUUGAGCUAUUGCUCAGCGAGGAGGCCUGGCGGGAAAGAAGGAUUGUGGAUAGGACUUGGUUGCAAGAACAGGAUGACAUCCGUACUCGACUGGAGGAAACUAUUUCGGCGCUCGAGCAGUAUACCGCGGAUCAAGCACAACGGAUAGUGAAACUGGAACAGGCGCCACCACAACGACCAUACGACGCCCAAUCAACGAGCAAGCUUCCUGCGAUGCCGAGCGCAACACAUGACGAGUCCCUCAAAGAAGAAGUGCCACUUAAGGAAGACGAGCCAGAGCCCCAAAGAGAAGAAGAGCCUCUUGAAGAAAUUAUCCCAGAGAUUGCCGAGCCUAUUCCACCGCAGCAAACCAACGCUCCCUCUACGUCUUCUGCUAAAGUCGAGGAUGAACCCCAGGGCCGCAGCGUUUAUCUAGAUUGCUUCGCGAACUACAAGCUCAGGCCCGAAAUGGCAUUGUUUUUGAAGCAAGCGGAGCCUAGCGAUUACGAACUGGAUCGGUCGCUAUUUGCAAAGCAAGGCAACCUGGAGUUGAAGUUCAAUUUCGUUUGCAAGACUCCAAUUCCCCGCGGAAAUAAGAAGACGGCACUACUGGUCAACGUCUUGAAGAACAACACGCAGAGGCGGGUAUCCCGGGAGUCGAAGUCACCCAGCGCCACGCGAAAGAUGAAACAAGGAGCAGCGAACACCCCUGAAACAUCAAAGAGGAAGGCCGACAAACGGUACAGCGACCCGCCAGCCAUACCGGAAAAGCGAUCGAAGCGCUUCAGCGGCCGUUCAAUGCCAAAUGAGGAGAAUGGUACUCGAAGA